AUGGUUCCUUAUAUCGAUGUCUCCCAUCUACCCUCGUCAACCUCCUUCUACUCGGCCAUCCUCCAACCCCUCGGCAUCCACUAUAUAUCCGCGCACGCGCAGACCGCUUGCCCUGACACCCCCGCCGACACUAUUAACACCGACUCCAAGACGACCGUCACCACUCCUAGCCCUGGCCGGCUUCCUACCACGGUCACCUACGGUACAUCUUCCCCGCCUACCCCAGUACUUCAGAUCCGAGAGGCCCGCAGUUCCAGCGAGCCCCUGAAGCUUUCUCGCAUCGUCUUCUCCGCUCCGACCCCCUCCGCUGUCACCGACUUCCACUCCUUUGCCGCUCGGGCCAAUCCGAACCUGCAGUCCGUAGUGCCCCCUGGCCAGAGUGGCGAUAUCCACCGGGCCGCGGUGACCGACUUGGACGGUAACAUCAUGGAGGUUGUAUAUCAACCCCCUCCCAACUACCCUCCUUCCUACGCUGGGUCGACUAUUCGAAAGACGCAGUCCACUACCAAGGAGGCCAGUCGCAUUCUCGACUGGAGUUACGACGUGGCCACCUCCGAACCUUCUCCCUCCAUGUCUGGCUCCGUAGCUGGCGGGCCCUUGGCAUCUGCUCUGGCCAUGACCGCCCGCUCCGGUCAAUUACCCGGCAACGAGCCGUACACUCUCCUCCGUCGCAGCGUCACCACAUCCGUCAUUGAAUCGCCCUCCAGGAGAGAAGAGUCCGCUACCGAGCCUACCUCAGCCGCGAGCGGCAUCGCUACAAGCACUGUUGUCGGAAGCCUUCUAGGUGCCGCCGUCGGUGCCGCCGCCGGCGCUGCUAUCACGUAUGGGAUGAUGCGAAAAGAACGCGCACGGGCUCCGGUUCAAGAGUUUGAUGGCUCCGCUCCGCCGUUCCAGCGCCGGGCCACCUUCCCCGAUCAGUACGCGGAGCCGCAAGCUGGGCAUGGACGCUACGUCGAGGUUGAACGGACUGUCGAAAAGAUCCGGUACCCAGAAGCCUACCCAACGCUCCCCGACAAUCGUGCAUCGCCUCAAUACAUGGCCAAGUACAGCCAGGUCGGCUCCCGCAGCCGUGUGGUCGACGAUAUGUACGACGACUCCCGUAGCCGUCACUCUUCACGCUACCAGCUCGAGAGAGGCAGUAGCGUUCGAUCCCGUAGCCAGGCCGCCGUCCCUAGGACUGCCCCUCUCAUGCUUACCGAUUACGAGCACCAGAGCAAUGCAGGCUCCAGACGCAGUGUGGCCAGCAAGUCAGCCGCGCCGCGCUCCAUCGUCGACGAUGCUGGGACUUACAUCUCAGCCAGGAGCGAAAGAUCGCAGUCGACCAUUCGCCCGCCCCCUCCCACUGUCGAGACAAUACUAGGCGGCGGAAGCAGGGCGCCAAGUCACGCGCCAACCCGAGCACCGAGCAUGGUCCCAAGCCGUGCACCAACAAAGGCCCCCAGCAGGCCCCCAACUGUGGUCCGGGGCAAGGCUCCUACGACGGUGGCCCCAAGCAGGGCUCCCACCCAACCACCUACAAUUAUGCCCAGGAAAGCGCCGACUAAAGCGCCCAGCAGAGCCCCGACAGCCGCUCGAAUCUCGCAACCCGUCUUCGCAUAUCCGCCUGCUACGCGAGCCCCGACAUAUAUGCCUGCGCGCCACCUUCCUCCGCCGAGAAGUGGGAUUGGCAAUAGUCAUGCUGCCUGGGAAGACGAUGCCGUUAGCGUGGCACCGAGCGACAGCAUCAGCUGUAUUGGCAGCAAGACGAGUAGACGUCAGUAUCAAUAG